AUGGUGACUAAUACUACACCUACGACUACUUAUGCAAACCUGAAUGCUCCUUUAACUUGGCCGCAAACACAACCAUAUAAUGGCGUAAAAGAUCAAGCUUUUUACACUGUUUUUACAUUCAUUUAUACCUUUUUUGUUUUGAGUUCAAUCGGUUCUAGUUAUGUAAUAUAUCGAACAUAUGUGAAAUGGAAAAAUAACAAGUUCGAAUCACUUCCUAUGUCAUUAAGGCUACCAUUUUACACUGUAACAACCGAUUUUUUCAUAACCAGUACAUUCGCGAUCAACACAAGCUAUGGAGCUGCAUAUGCCGUUCCUUGGUUUAGUCCAGUUUGUGAGAUGGUUGGUGCAUUAUCAGUUUGGACUCAGUGUCUAAACGUAUUUCUCUUCCUUGUGGUAUCCAUGUCUACCUAUCUUCGAGUUUGUCGGCAAAUGCGAAUUAAUUAUGGGAAAUACGAUUACAAGCUUUUCUUAACCGUUUUCGUUAUGGCCACGCUACCCCUAUUACCAGCAAGCAUCAAUAAUGGAUAUGGGCCACAAAAAUGGUGGUGUGCUGGAGCGUCACAAACCAGACUUGUUGGAAUACUUGCAUUAGUCAUCCAACUUUCAAUCUUUGUCUUGACAGGAUUUGCAUAUUUACGUAUUUUAAUGUUGUUAGCAUAUCAAAGUCAACAAGUACACGAAGAAUCGGAUCCAUCACUCAGCAAAUUGGAGUAUCGUGUCACAAGAAAUAUUGCACGAUAUAUCCUCCUUUUCUUGUUACAGUGGAUACCAGUUUUUGUGUCUGUUAUAGCAUACAUCUUUGAGAUUGAAGAUACUUGGAUGUACAUGAUCGAACCUGUAGGUGGAUUCGGCGGAAUAGGAAAUGCCAUAUUAUACAUAAUAAACGAGGGAUUUUCGCAUAAGUCUAAUAACGAUAGUUCUGAUAUUUCCAAAUCUUUAAAAGUCGAAUCUUAUUCGGAUCCAAAACAUAUCCUUUCUAAUGACUCUAUAUUCAUAGAUUUAUUUCUGACAGAAAAUAAAUAUAGUACAGCAACUGUGACUUAG